UGGUGGAUGAUUUUCAAGGAUUGUUACCCGUAACUCUAUCACACAUGAUUGAGGGUUGACUGUGUGCUACUUAUUACAGUCACAAGAAAAACACAAACACUUAAUAAACUCCUGCUUACUUGUAUAAUGCUGUGAUAUAAUACGCAGACAGCAUGUGAAUACAUUUCAAGACGAUUUGACCAGUAACCAUGACAACAGAAACCGAUUCUCAGAGGGUUCUUCAUACACAACCUAUUGAUAUUCAGGAGAGUGGUCUUUCAGAUGACCUGACAGAGUUGGUCCAAGAUCUGUCACCUACAUCCCAAGCCAGGACUGUACUUUUAUUACAAAGUCUUAGAAAGAAUGAGGCUGUAAUUGGUGUGGAUGAUCAGAAGAGACCAGUCAUACAGUACAAAGACGAAAGAUCAAGAAAACUAUGGUGGGAUGCAUCCAAUGCCAAUAUAUUAACCAAGCCUCGGUCAGAUGAUGAUGUUCAGGUCAAGAUGGACGCCUGUCUGGAAAUGAUUGAUUAUCUCAAGAAACAUAAAGCUCCAUCUGGUGUUGUAUUAGACCCAACUCAUGUUAGUUCAAAAGCAGGUUAUUACAGGGAAGGAAGAGAGUUUACAAGAACAAAAGAUGUGUUAGGGAAAGGCAACUCUGCUGGAGAUAUCAUUGUUAUUAAAGACAAGACAACUCAAACAGAAAGCGCUCAUAAAACUAUGAUGAUCUCCUAUUUUAGAGAGGAAGAAAUCAGGGCAUGGGUGGAUUUAAGUGAAACAGGAAUUCCCCCUGCUCUUUACUGCUUCAAACUUGAGGGCAAUAGAAUUCAUAUCUUCAUGGAGAAAAUAGAUAACGGCAUUACUUUACGAGACAUAAUAGACACACACAUGGGUAGCAUCAGAGCUGAAGAUCCUAACUUAGCCAGACCUUUCUCAUUAUAUGUCUUCCAUGGUUUAUUAUCAGCUGUACAUACUAUGCAUCAGAAAGGAUGGACACACAGAGAUCUCCAUCCUGGCAAUGUAAUGCUUCAAGAAUCUGAAGGUGUUAUACAGACCAGAAUAAUAGAUUUUGGUCUAGCCAAGCGCAUGGAUAGUGAAGAUGGUCUGAGAGGGUUCAGAUCAGACAUUGCUGAAGUAGUUAGAAAAUUUACAGCCCUGUAUAUAGAUGAAGAGUUUGACAGUGAAACUGACUUUAGAACGAACUGGAAACAUAAAUUACAACAGAUGGCUGAUUUGUAUGCAAUGAGUAAAGAGGAUAAGGUGGAGCUAUUCAGUUUGAUUGACAGUGCCUUACAAGUUGUCUCUCUGUCCGAUGUUCCUAAAUUACAAAAAGAAUUAGCCACUAAAAUGAAUUUUGACCCUCAAGGCCUUUCAAAACAAGUUGCCAAAAUUUUAUUUGCCAAACCAGAAUUCCCGUCCAAUCAUCCAGAUUCUCAAGACCUAGAAACUGAGCUUCAGAAAAUAAAAUUAGUGAUGGGUACCAGUAAAAAGACGGGACAAAGUACAAUGGACCAAGCUGAUAGUGGAGAUUUUAUAACUGAUGAUGAUGAUGGUUAUUUUACAACAGAAGAAAUCGAUGAUAACUUUUUAGACAAUCUUCGUAAACAAACAGGAUUAGGAUGGUGAAGUGAAAAAGAACUAUUCUAAACAAUUGUAAAUUGCUUAUUAUAGGGUAUAUGCUAUAAGCUUUAAUCCUAUGCUAAUUUCAGGGGCAGAUUCAGGUGGGGGCGUGGCUGGCGUGCACCCCCCCCCCCCUAAAAUUUGCAAAGCAUGGGUUGUCCUCAGCUUAAUAAAGAAUAUUUCGAUAAUUCUACCUCACUCAAAAAAAUUUUUGCGACCCCCUAACCUAAAAUUCUGGAUCCGCUCCUGAAUUUUUAGUCAAAUUAAGACAGAAAGCAUGAUAGCACAUUUGCCAAAUGUAGUUAUGCAUAUAUUUUUUAUAUCAUUUGAUACAAAAGAUUCCUUUAAAUGCUUUUUGUUCAUUUUGUUCUUAAAUCUUCUAUAUUUGAAACAAAAAACUCCAAUGGCUAAUGUUUUAUGAUAUAAAGUUGUCAGCAAAAACAAUCUGUAAUGCUUUUUAAAUGUCUGAUAAAUUAUUUUAGAAUGAAGUGCAUUAUGAACCAUUUGGUAUGUUUAGAUUAUAAUUUUGCACUGAAUGAAAUGUAUUUUCUUAUUUUGAGACAUUUAAUAAAUUUUAAUAAAUUUUCAAAUAAUUAGGCUUGCCGAGUAUUUCAAAUGUUUAAAAAUUUUACUGUAAAGAGUUGAGAUGUUUUGCUUCGCAUAAUAUACAGUAGUAAAAUUUCAAAUUAUAUUUAUACAAUUUUCAAAAAAUUUAUUUUACUUUUGGGUGAUCUCAUCAGGAAUGGUCACCUUUCUAUGCUGUCAAAAUAAAAUAACCAAUGAAUGGCAAGGAACAAAAAUGUCAUAAUAUUUUAGCAGUGGAGAGUUCAAAAUAAAAGAAACAUGAUAAAUACAGUAUCAAUCAAAACACUUAUAAACUGGCUAUCAAUAAGAGAUAUUUUUUUAAAUAAAUGAUUGUUGGAAGAAAUGGAGGUAAUUUUUAAACUCACAUUUUUUUACUAUAAAUUAUAUUAUUCGAACAAUAUUUAUGCAAAAGUGUGUUCUAUAUAGUAUAUAACUCUAGUCAUAGAUUAACUUAUAUAAUGUGUCGAAAUGUAUUGUCAAUAUUUUUAAAUAUUUUUAUUUUUUGGAAUGGUGCUUUUAUCGAAAUAGUUGAAACGUUCAUAGUCGAAAUGCCAUGAAACUCUUGUAUUGUAUUGUUUUAUUUUCUAUUUAAUUAGGGGGGCGGUAAUUUUAUUGGCAAUAUUUUAAGUAAUCAUUGAAUUGUCUCACACUUUUAUAUAGAUAUCACUGAACUUGUUACGUUUUACAAAAAUAUAUAUAAAAUGAAAAAAAAAGUGUAUACAAUGAACAUAUAUGUGGUGUAAUCUGCUUGGUUUGAUUUUAAAUUUUAAGCAAUACCCAGGCAAGCUAAGCCUAGGACUAGUUUGAAAAAAAAUGGUUUUAAUCAAAUUCAGAUUUGAAGGCUGACCUGAUUGUCAAAUGUAUAUAUAUAUAUAUAGAGAGAGAUGAGUAUUAAUGAUCACUUCUGUACACUUAAAAAUACUUUGUGUAUUGCGUUUGAUGUCCUUGUUUAAUACCUACGAGAAAGUAACACCUCCCGAAACGAAAGCUGAUUUUUAUCAGCUAUAGUUAGAGGAGGGGAUAAGGCAUCUGUGCAAUGCUAGGUGGUGUUGUCGUAGAAGUAUAAAGUGAAAAGUACAGGUUCCAGCCCCCCCCCCCCCCCCCCCCCCCCCAGGGAGGAAGUAAAGAAUCAGAUUUACUCUAACAUUGUUAGGUUGAUUUUCUAGGCCUAUAUAUAUAUAUAUAUAUAUGUGCUCCUUGUUACCAUCAACAAAUGAAUCAAAUUCGGAUUUGAAGGCUGACCUGA